CCGCCCGCGCCCGACGUGUUCGCCGGCUUUGCGCCGCACCCCGCAGCCCUGGGCGCCCCGGCGCUGUUGGCCGAGCCUCUGAGCGUGAUCGGCAGCCGCAAGAAGAGCGUGAACAUGACCGAGUGCGUGCCGGUGCCCAGCUCCGAGCACGUCGCCGAGAUCGUGGGGCGCCAGGGCUGCAAGAUCAAGGCCCUGCGUGCCAAGACGAACACGUACAUCAAGACACCGGUGCGCGGGGAGGAGCCGGUGUUCAUCGUGACAGGCCGCAAGGAGGACGUGGAGAUGGCCAAGCGCGAGAUCUUGUCUGCCGCCGAGCACUUCUCCCUGAUCCGGGCCUCUAGAGGCAAGGCCGGAGGGCUGCCGGGCGCCGUCCCGGGCCCCCCCAACCUGCCGGGACAGACCACCAUCCAGGUGCGCGUGCCCUACCGCGUGGUGGGGCUGGUGGUGGGGCCCAAGGGCGCCACCAUCAAGCGCAUCCAGCAGCGGACACAUACGUACAUCGUGACGCCGGGGCGCGACAAGGAGCCCGUGUUCGCCGUGACCGGGAUGCCCGAGAACGUGGACCGCGCGCGCGAGGAGAUCGAGGCGCACAUCACGCUGCGCACGGGCGCCUUCGCGGACUCGGGCCCGGACAGCGACUUCCACGCCAACGGCACGCCGGGGCGGCGGGCGGCAGGGCUGGGCCGGGGGAAGGCGGGGGCAGACCGAGCCGGGGCCGCCCAGUGUCCAGAAAUGGCUUUAACUCCUCAGCCAGGCGUGGGCACAGCCGGCCAGCGGCCCAGCAGCGACCCCUCCGUUCCUGACAAGUGACAGUAUUGUGCGGACAGGUUCGAAUAAACCGAGAGAAGAGGUCUCCUUGCACUUUUUACUUAAGACACUCCCUUCCCCAGGGCGACCUUAAAAACCGAAGUGAAAAAAAAAACCACAAUUUUUACAACUUUUCUUGUCUUCCCUUUGUAUGUGGCUGUUUCGGAUUUGACAGUGUGUUCUUGCCCGCCGGUCCCAGAUGACCGCAGCGCUUCAGAAAGAGGGUGGCGUUUCUAACUCUUUUUGGGGUUCCUGCUUACCAUUUUGUACACAGCCACCGGCGGCCGCGCAGGGGCGGGGCGGGUCCGGGUGGCGCACAGGUUUCUCUUUUUCCCCCUAAUUAUAAACCCCCUUCCUGCUGUGUUUUUUGGUUGUCUUUUUUUAAAAAUUUUUUUAAAGUUUUUUUUUUUAGCUUUUACUUUUUACCUCUUGUGUAUAUGUAGGGAAUUUAUAGGGAAAUGUGUACUUUAUGGAAUAAAUUUUAAGAACUAAAAUAUAUUUUAUUUUAAAUAAAAGUAAUGGACCUUUAAUCUUCCACAGCUAAAUUACUGAUUAUAUAUUUGCUGAGCUGAUUUAAGGGUUAAAAAUUGUAUCAAGAGUUUUAUUUUUUGACUUCAAAGCCUUCUUAAUAAAGUCUUUUUACUACA